AUCCAACACUCCAGCCAAACACAGGUAUAAUGUGUAUAUUUAUGUAGGAGCACAUUGUAUAAAAAGAGAUAAAGCAUUUAUUGUAUGGACCUACUCAAAUGCAGUAAAAUCUUAAUUUCUGCCUUUGCAGUAUGGAAUGGUGUUCUUGGAAGGAAACAUUUUGUGAAUAAAAGAGGACUCAUUGAAUUAUACGGAACCCUAAAAUGUGGUACAAGCCGAUUUUCUUUGGCCUAUGUAGGUUAUGGAUGCUAUUGUGGCCCAGGAGGAAAUGGAUGGCCUAAGGAUGAAACAGAUUGGUGCUGCCAUAGACAUGACUGCUGUUACGAUUUUGCACAACGACAAGGCUGUCACCCGAUAACAGACAGAUAUAAAUGGACUUGUCAAGACAAUACUGUGAUAUGUGGUAAGGUACAACUUGAAUUUCAUUAUUUUCAUUUACCUUAUCCCAGAGACGCACAAGCAGAUACAGAUGUUCUAGAGGUGAAAAAUUCAGCUUUAAUUUUAGAAUAUCCUAUUGGUUUACUCAGAGAGAAAAGCUUUCUCUUGGAAGAUUCAUAA